GCGGUCACGUGAGCACUGUUUUCGCUGGGCUCUGGCAGCCGCUUUUUCCCGGAGUUGUAGUCACUGUCGUCUCUCGGUCUCCCGUCGGCCCGAUGGAGGAGGAGGAGGAGGAAGCGAGGGCGCUGCUGCCUGGCGGCCCCAACGAGGCCGGCAGAGGCGUCCCCGUUACACCCCCUGCUCCCGGGGCGCUGCCGGCCCUCUGCGACCCCAGUCGCCUGGCGCACCGGCUUUUGGUGCUGUUGCUGAUGUGCUUCCUUGGUUUCGGCAGCUAUUUUUGCUAUGAUAAUCCUGCUGCCCUUCAGACUCAGGUUAAACGGGAUAUGCAGGUGAAUACCACGAAAUUCAUGCUGCUGUAUGCCUGGUAUUCUUGGCCCAAUGUAGUUUUGUGUUUCUUUGGUGGCUUUUUGGUAGACCGCGUAUUUGGAAUACGAUGGGGCACCAUUAUUUUUAGUUGCUUUGUUUGCGUUGGACAGGUUGUUUUUGCUCUGGGUGGAAUAUUUCGUGCUUUUUGGCUGAUGGAAUUUGGAAGGUUUGUGUUUGGGAUUGGUGGGGAGUCCUUAGCAGUUGCCCAGAAUACAUAUGCUGUGAGUUGGUUUAAAGGCAAAGAAUUAAACUUGGUGUUUGGACUCCAGCUUAGCAUGGCUAGAAUUGGAAGUACAGUAAACAUGAACCUCAUGGGAUGGCUGUAUUCUAAGGUUGAAGCUUCAUUAGGUUCUGCUGGUCACACAACCCUUGGGGUCACACUUAUGAUCGGGGGUAUAACAUGUAUUCUUUCACUAGCCUGUGCCUUGGCCCUUGCUUACUUGGAUCAGAGAGCAGAACGAAUCCUUCAUAAAGAACAAGGAAAAACAGGUGAAGUUAUCAAGUUAACUGAUGUGAAGGACUUCUCCUUUCCCCUGUGGCUCAUAUUUAUCAUCUGUGUCGGCUAUUAUGUUGCCGUGUUCCCUUUCAUUGGACUUGGGAAAGUUUUCUUUACAGAGAAGUUUGGAUUUUCCUCCCAGGCAGCAAGUGCUAUUAACAGUAUUGUAUAUGUAAUAUCAGCUCCCAUGUCCCCAAUAUUUGGGCUUCUGGUGGAUAAAACAGGAAAGAACAUCAUCUGGGUUCUGUGUGCAGUGGUGACCACUCUUGCUUCCCACAUGAUGCUGGCCUUCACUCUGUGGAACCCUUGGAUUGCUAUGUGUCUCCUGGGACUCUCCUACUCAUUGCUUGCCUGUGCAUUGUGGCCAAUGGUGGCAUUUGUGGUUCCUGAACAUCAACUGGGAACCGCAUAUGGCUUCAUGCAGUCCAUUCAGAAUCUUGGGUUGGCAGUCAUUUCCAUCAUUGCUGGCAUGAUAUUGGAUACUUGGGGAUAUCUGUUUUUAGAAGUUUUCUUCAUUGCCUGUGUUUCUUUCUCACUUUUAUCUGUGGUCUUACUCUACUUGGUGAAUCGUGCCCAAGGUGGGAACCUAAAUUAUUCUGCAAGACAAAGGGAAGAAAUAAAACUUUCUCAUGCAGAGUGAGAAGUUUAAAUGACUGUGUCAUGAGAAUGGGCUGCACACAUCAUUGGUUUGAAAACCUCCAAUUUUUUUUUUCUUUUAAUUUAGAGUUUAGUCGUUAGGAAAAAUAAUGGUCUGGAGAAUUAUUAUAUUUAUAUUUUGAAUAUAUCUAAUUUAAAGUAUAACUGUGAGGACUAUUUUAGCCUGUGUCUUUUGUAUUGCUGAAGAAUUCUGCUUUGGAAUAGGCUCAUCAAUGAUGAAGUUUAGAAAAUUGCAUCUGGUACAUGCAGGUGAUUUUGAGUAAAGAUAGUAAAUAAUGGAAAUCUUUGGAUUUUGUAUUGAGAUAAUUUUCACAAAGUGUAUCUUAGGGAUAUGGCCUUUGUAAAGCAAAAAAAACCUUUUGAGGGAUUAGAAAGGAUAUUUUAUAUAGAAUAAACAGCGGCAUUUUAAUAGGCAUUCCCUUUUGUAAUAGGGAAUAUUUGAAAGAUGUUUUUAUGAAGUCUCAUUUCCACAAAUAGCAGAUUGUGUUCUGCUCUCUUUGGUUACCAGAGGUUGCUGAGCAGUGACCCUUUUGAGCUUCUUUAUUUCUCUGUUACUGAGGACCCUAAUCCCUUAGGGACAUAAUUUUGUGGUACAAACUUUCUGUAUGGUUUUUCUUAUAGUCCAAUUAAUUACUAAAAAAGUCCUGUAAAUUAUGAUAAUUGAAUAUCUACAAGGAUAAAUAAAAACACUGCAAAAGGAAUACUUGAUGUCUUUUAACUUUUUAUUUAAAAAAAUAUUAAAACACUGAUUUUAACUCUUA